GAGAAUCGCUUGAACCCGGGAAGCAGAGGUUGCGGUGAGCCAAGAUCGUGUCAUUGCACUCCAGCCUGGGCAACAGGAACGAAACUCUGUCUCAAAAAACAGAAAAAAAAUCAAAAGCAAGUUAGUUAUUUCCUAGAUACAGUGGGGUACAGACAUUGGGUAAAGACAACCAUUCCAAAUGGGAGAAAUUGGCCAAACAAAGGAGUUAUAGGGCCCAUGCAAGUCCGAAAUCCAGUGGGGCAGUCAAAUCCUAAAGCUCCAAAAUUAUCUCCUUUGACUUCAUGUCUCACAUCCAGCUCAUGCUGAUGCAAGAGGUGGGUUCCUAUGGUCUUGGGCAGCUCCGCCCAUGUGGCUUUGCAGGGUACAGCCUCCCUCCUGGUUGCCUUCGUGGGCUGGUGUUGAGUGUCUGCAGCUUUUCUAGACUCAUGGUGCAAGCUGUUGGUGAAUCUACCAUUCUAGGGUCUGGAGGAUGGUGGCCCUCUUCUCACAGCUCCACUAGGCAGUGCCCCAGUAGGGACUCUGUGUGGGGGCUCUAACCCUACAUUUCCCUUCCACACUGCCCUAGCACAGGUUCUCCAUGAGAGCCUUCCCCCUACAGUAAACUUCUGCCUGGCAUCCAGGUGUUGCCAUAUAUCUUCUGAAAUGUAGGCAGAGGUUCCCAAACCUCAAUUCUUGACUUCUGUGCAACUGCAGGCUCAACACCACAUGGAAGCUGCCAAGUCUUGGGGCUUGCAACCUCUGAAGCCACAGCCCGCGCUCUACAUUGGCCUUUUUCAGCCACAGCUGGAGCAGCUGGGACACAGGGCACCAAAUCCCUAGGCUGCACACAGCUUGGGGACCCUGGGCACAGCCCACAAAACCACUUUUUCCUCCUGGGCCUCCAGGCCUGUGAUGGGAGGGGCUGCCAUGAAGACGUCUGACAUGCUGUGGAGACCUUUUCCCCAUUGUCUUGGGGAUUAACAUUUGGCUGCUUGUUAUUUAUACAAAUUUCUGCAGCUGGUUUGAAUUCUCCUCAGAAAAUGGAAUUUUCUAUCACAUUUUCAGUCUGCAAAUUUUUCAAACUUUUAUGCUCUGUUUCCCUUUUAAAACUGAAUGCUUUUUAACAACAUCCAAGUCACUUCUUGAAUGCUUUGCUGCUUAGAAAUUUCUUCUGUCAGAUACCCUAAAUCAUCUCUUUCAAGUUCAAAGUCCCACAAAUCUCUAGGGCAGGGGCAAAAUGCUGCCAGUCUCUUUGCUAAAACAUAAAAAGCGUCACCUUUGCUCCAGUUCCUCAUCUCCAUCUGAGACCACCUCAGCCUGUACCUUAUUGUCCAUAUCACUAUCAGCAUUUUGGGCAAAGCCAUUCAACAAGUCUCUAGGAAGUUCCAAAAUUUCCCACAUACUCCUGUCUUCUUCUGAGCCCUCCAAACUGUUCCAACCUCUGCCCGUUACCCAGUUCCAAAGUUGCUUCCACAUUUUCAGGUAUAUUUUUGGCAACACCUCACUCUAAUGGUACCAAUUUACUGUAUUAGUCCAUAUUAGUACUCAGCUCAAGUGCAAAAUUUAAGGGUGGAGGGGCACCAAAAACUCAAUAAUCAAGACAUUCUAUUUUAUUGAGGUAAAGUUCACAUAAAAGUAACCAUUUAUGGGAGGCUGAGGUGGGAGGAUUGCUGGAGCCAGGAGUUCAAGGCUUCGGUGACUUAUCAUCCCCAUCCCCUCAGUCCGUGGUCACCACCAAUCUUCUUUCUGUCUCUAUGUUUGCGUAUUCUGGACAUGCAUGUAAAUGCACUAAUACAGGUGUGACCUUUUGUGUCUGCCUCUUCCUUCAGUAUGAAUGAACCUUGAAAACGCUGUAGGAAAGGUGUGUCUUCUUUGGAGAACUGUCACCUCAAAUUCUUUGCCCACUUUAAAUUUGGGCUGUUUGUCAUUUCGCUGUUGAGUUGUAAGAAUUCUUUUUUUUUGAGACAGAGUCUGGCUCUGUUGCCCAGGUUGGAGUGCAGUGGCACAAUCUCGGCUUACUCCAACCUCCACUUCCCAGGUUCAAGCAAUUCUCCUGCCUCAGCCACCCAAGUAGUUGGGAUUACAGGCAUGCACCACCACGCCUGGCUAUUUUUGUACUUUUAAUAGAGAUAAGGUUUCACCAUGUUGGCCAGGCUCGUCUUGAACUCCUGACCUCAAGUGAUCCACCUGACUCAGCCUCCCAAAGGGCUGGGAUUACAGACGUGAGCUGCUGUGCCCGGCCAAGAAUUCUUUAUAUAUUCUGGAUUCUAGACUCUUACCCAAUAUAUGAUUUACAAAUAUUUUUUCCCAUUGUGUUAAUCUUUUCAGUUUCCUGAGUAGUGUCCUUUGAUGCAGAAAAGUUUUUAAUUUUGACGAAGUCCAGCUUAUCUAUUUUGUUGUUGUUGCUUGUCCUUUUGGUGUUACAUCUAAGAAUCCAUUGCUAAAUCCAAGGCCAUGAAGAUUUACUUCUGUUUUCUUCUAAGAGUUUUAUCUUUACAGCUCUCACAUAAAACAAAUAAUACUUCAGUGCAAUAUUUCAAAAAUCAAAACUAAUGCAAAAAGUCCAUGAUGAACAAAAUACCAGCAUUUUAAAUAAAGGCCAGAUCUGCCCGUGCACUUGGUCUACGCCCUUGAUUCGUGCACCCUGGGGCGGGGGCAGAUUAAACUAGGGGAGCCCAUUGGACUGGGGCUGGAGUGUGGCUGAUGGCAGAGUUCGGGCCGGGCCAGACCGGGCCAGUCCAGAGGGAGAAGCCGCUACUGCAAGAGACAAAGCGAUUUUUCCGCGGCAAAUCCUUGAGAAGGGAGGAUGGAGGCGGCGGGACGACCCAGUGAAGCCGGCCCCGAACGCCAAGUGAGUGUGUGCCGUGCGCGCGCGGGUAGCUGCCGACCGCAACGACAUAAACUUGAAAGUGACCGCUGUCCCGGGGCUCCCUGCUCCCAAGGGACCCGUCGCGUUGCAGAGUAGUCCGGUCGGGCCUCUGGGGCGGGCCCGGAUCCUGGACCAGGGCCAGUCUGUCCGAAACCCACCAGUGAGCUAGCGGGAGAGCGCGGCCGCCCCGCCCCGCCGCUUUCCGCGCCCGCCCCGCCCCCUCCCCGGAAGGCCCGGGUGACCAGAGCUCCCGGUGGACUCAGACCCGGCGCAACAUGGCCGCACCCUCGCCUCUGCGCGACUGCCAGGCCUGGAAGGAUGCGAGGCUCCCGCUCUCCACCACAAGCAACGAAGCCUGCAAGCUGUUUGAUGCCACGCUGACCCAGUAUGUAAAAUGGACCAAUGACAAGAGUCUCGGUGGCAUCGAGGGCUGCCUGUCAAAGCUCAAAGCAGCAGAUCCAACCUUUGUGAUGGGCCAUGCCAUCGCUACUGGCCUUGUGCUGAUUGGCACUGGAAGCUCUGUGAAGCUGGACAAAGAGCUGGACCUGGCUGUGAAGACAAUGGUGGAGAUUUCAAGAACCCAGCCGCUGACAAGGCGGGAGCAGCUGCACGUGUCUGCAGUAGAGACAUUUGCCAAUGGAAACUUUCCGAAAGCCUGUGAACUAUGGGAACAGAUUCUCCAGGACCACCCGACAGACAUGUUGGCCCUGAAAUUUUCCCAUGAUGCUUAUUUUUACCUGGGCUAUCAGGAACAGAUGAGAGAUUCUGUUGCUCGAAUUUACCCCUUCUGGACACCUGACAUCCCCCUAAGCAGCUAUGUGAAAGGCAUCUACUCUUUUGGCUUGAUGGAAACCAACUUCUAUGACCAGGCAGAAAAACUCGCCAAAGAGGCUUUAUCUAUUAACCCGACAGACGCAUGGUCGGUGCACACCGUCGCUCACAUCCACGAGAUGAAAGCAGAGAUCAAGGAUGGGUUGGAAUUCAUGCAGCACUCAGAGACCCUCUGGAAGGACUCUGAUAUGUUGGCUUGUCAUAACUAUUGGCACUGGGCUUUAUAUCUGAUUGAGAAGGGCGAAUAUGAGGCCGCGCUGACCAUCUACGAUACCCACAUCCUUCCCAGCCUGCAGGCCAGCGGUGCAAUGCUGGAUAUGGUGGACAGCUGCUCCAUGCUCUACCGCCUGCAGAUGGAAGGAGUGUCUGUGGGCCAGCGGUGGCAGGAUGUCCUGCCUGUGGCCCGGAAGCACAGCCGAGACCACAUCCUGCUGUUCAAUGACGCACACUUCCUGAUGGCAUCCCUGGGUGCACACGACCGCCAGACCACACAGGAGCUGCUGACCACCCUGCGGGAUGCCAGCGAAUCCCCAGGGGAGAACUGCCAGCACCUCCUGGCCCGAGACGUGGGGCUGCCCCUGUGCCAGGCCCUGGUGGAGGCUGAGGACGGGAACCCGGACCGCGUCCUGGAGCUGCUCCUGCCCAUCCGCUACCGGAUCGUCCAGCUCGGUGGGAGCAAUGCCCAGAGAGACGUCUUCAACCAGCUGCUGAUUCACGCGGCCUUAAACUGCACCUCCAGCGUCCAUAAGAACGUAGCCCGGAGCCUUCUGAUGGAGCGUGAUGCCUUGAAGCCCAACUCGCCCCUGACCGAGCGGCUCAUCCGCAAGGCAGCUACCGUCCACCUCAUGCAGUGAGCCAGCCUGGCCACCUCCACCCUGCAGAACCUCAGUGGUGGCCUCACUGAGCCACCAGGUCCAGUCAGCUGCUCCACCGGGUUAGGGUCAGGAGACGGCCAGAGCCUGUUUGUUAGGGCUGUUAGAGAGUGAUCUUCAGUUUUACAGGAAGUGGGUCACGGGUUAAUUUUAAAUGGAUUCCGAAUCUCCUUUCAGUCCUCGAGAAGGGCCAAUGAGCAUUUUUCAGCAGUCACAGCCAGUGUGAGUGCUGCUCUUUCCACCUGCCUUGCAAAUUCUGUUUCCCAGGGAAGUGUGUCUACUGCCUGGUGGUUCAAAGGUUGGAAGGCGGGGCAGAGAUGGGGGCUGAUUCUGCUGGGACAGGUCUUCCAGAGGCAGCCUCCCCCCACUGCCUGUCCCCGUCCCCACCAGGCUGCCCUUGGGAUGGACCUUUUCAUUCUUUUCUUUAUAUUCUAGACAGGCUCUGUUGUCUCAUUAUGUUGCUGUCCCAUUUUUCAGGUGAGGGUACCGGGGUAGGGGAGUGGCCUGCCCAGGGUCACACUAUGAGAGGCCCCCACCUGCUGCCUUUGGAUGCAGCCCCCUGCUGCUGCAUCCACCACCCUCCUUACAGAUCAGCGCGCACAUGGGGUCCUCCUGCUGUCUCUGGGGCGAGUCUUGGAGCCCCCUGGGGGGGCUCUGUUGGUGCUGAAUUGGACCCGUUUCUCUUUUUAAACUGCACAUCAUAACAGGGCUUCAUGUCGAGUAUGAUUUUAAUCAUAAAUGCACUUCUGAGGUGCAAGGAUUGAGCUCAGAGCUGCUCUGUUGUGGCAAAACCCAAAGUGCUGUGAUGUGUGGCUGUGACAAGCCUGGAGCCGGUCCUGUGAGCGCCGCCUCUGUCUCCUGCUUCCCCACUGAACGCCUGCUGAAUGUGCCGCUGACUCAGCUGUGCUGCUUUCAGCCCUCCUGUGAGGGGCGGUCCCAGUGCACAGAUGUUUUUCAAGUUCCUCAGUUUGUACUGAAAUUAGGGAUUCAUGAGGGCAGGAAGCAGGCAGGCCUCUCAGAAGGGAGAGGAGGCCUCCAAAUCUAUUGAGUCCCCACAGUUUGCUCAAGCCCAGGCAAAUUUCUGUGAUUAAAAUGAAUUCAUCGGUUCCUCCAA